AUGCUGCAGAUGGGAGAUGAAGUCACCCUGUACUCGGUCGUCUUCGUGGUCGUCCUGCUGGGGACCCGGAGCCCGGUUUGGACCACCGUCCUCACCGCCUCUCUCUACCUCUUUCUGGCCAUGUUCUGUUUCCCCCAGGUACCGACCAGCCGAGCCCGGCAGGUGCUGCACCCAGCCAAGGGCUUGUCGGUGGUCGCUCACCGGGGCGGUGGGCACGACGCACCGGAGAACACGAUAGUCGCCAUUCGGGAGGCCAGUAAGAAUGGGGCGACAGGUGUGGAGUUGGACCUGGAGUUCUCAGCAGACGGCGUUCCAAUACUGAUGCACGAUGAGACUGUGGACCGGACCACUAACGGUUCGGGACCACUCAGUCAGAUGACCCUGUCCGAUUUGGGGAGACUGGAUGCAGCUGCUAAACAUCGACUUAAGGACAGGUUUGCUGGAGAGAAGAUCCCAACUCUUGACGAGGCGGUGGAGGAAUGUAUCAAGCUGCAGCUCACCAUCUAUUUUGAUGUCAAAGGUCAUCCAGAUGAGGCAGCUGCAGCCCUCAAAGAAUUGUAUAAAAAACACCCAGUCCUCUACAACAGCAGCAUUGUCUGCUCUUUCGAGCCCAGAGUUAUCUACAAGAUGAGACAGAGCGACCCAGAAGUGGUCACAGCAUUGACCCACCGGCCAUGGAGCCUGAGUCGGUUAGGAGAUGGCGUCCCGCGUUUCUCAUCGCUAUGGAAACACAAUUGGAUGACACUAAUGGACAUGGUGUUUGACUGGGCACACCAUCACGUGCUGUGGAAGCUGUGUGGCAUCUCAGCCUUCCUCAUCCAGAAGAACUUUGUCUCAGUGGACUAUGUGCAGUACUGGGCCCAGAGGGGGGUGGAAGUGGUAGCCUGGACAGUCAACACAAAAGUGGAGAAAGAGUACUACCAGGAGCUGCUGCAAGUCAACUACAUCACAGACAGCCUUGUGGAAGACUGUGAACCCCAUUACUGAGACACACAUGAACCCAGCACAGGAUGUGUUCCCACAUAUAGUCAUUAAAAAGAUCAAAUCCAUAUGAAAGGCCUUUUCACUGUCUACUUGUCACCCAUAAUUUGGCCUCAGGUAAGAGAACACAUGCCACUCCUAUUCCUAUGCACUAUGCAUUAUUGCGAAUGUGUGUAGGAUUAUUUGAGGCAAUCAAACUGACCAGACUGGUUGCUAUACUUAAUAACAAGAGGCAUGACACGCCAUUUAUAGACAUUUUGGCAAUAAGUGUCUAUAAUAGACCUUAAUCAAAUGUACUGUAUUCACCAACUCAGGACUGCAAUUAUGUUUGUUUUCUUUUUAAUUCUGUCUGUCUUACUGUCUUACAAGACCUACAAUAUAUGUAUAUUGUAUCAUACGGUCUGCUUUUUACUCAGUAAAGGUGAUUAGGUCUGGCAUAAACCACCUAGAAAUUAUUUUGGUCACUCGUAAAAAAAAACGAAUACAUAUUUAGAACUAAUAUGAAUAAACAUUUUAUAUAUUUGACAUAGGUGCAUAUGGAACUGAAAUGUAGAAUAGAUGGAUACAGAUAGUGCAUCAGGUGCUAAUUUAUUGUUCUUUGGGUUCUGAAAAGGAGCUAUGGCUGCUCGAAGUACAGUCCACCAAAGGAUCUAAUAACAUGAAAUAAACUAAUAACACUAACAAUGUCUCUGUUGCAUUUAGGUGUGGAAGCCAGUGAGCCAGCAUCUGAAAUAUCAGAUGAACUGGACUGGAAAACCUAAAUGAAAUGCAGCCAUUGUUGUUAAUUACUGGUAUCUGUGUUUGACCAAAGGUAAAUUCACCUUCAGAAAGGUUUUCAGACUCAACAGUGCUCUGAAAUAUAUAGAUAAGACUGCUAGAUUAAUUCAAUUUAUAAACUCUUUGACUCGAAUAUUAACCUCAUCUGCAUUUUGUUUGAUUUAAUCUAAGCAUACUUAACAAUUUAAGAAACAAAGGAAAAAAGUAAAAGGCUUAUUUCAGUUAGUCUUAAAAGCGGAAAGAAUCAAAUCAUGAAUAUUUUAUUUUAAAUAAUUGAAUGCUUUGUGGUGAUGCAGAGUAGGCGGUAGAGCGGACAUACUGUGUGUAUAAAAUGCUGUGGGUUGGGUGCCCGGGUCGCUCAGUUGGUAGUACUUAGCGCCUAUAACUAGAGGUUUACUCCUCAACACAGCGACCGCGGGUUCGACUCUGACCUAACAUAACCCAGAAGAGUGUAAGAAAAACAAAACAUGUAACAUACAGUAUACAAAGACUAUUUGACAUACAUAAACAGAGAUUGUGAACACAAAGAAUAUAAAACAUAUAAAGACAGUAUUUGACUAAACCAGGGUUUCCGCGGGUCAUUAAAAAGCAUGAAAAGUAAUUAAAUAGAUUUUGUGAAAAUUCAGGCAUGAACUGGCAUGAAAAAGCAUGAACUUUGAUGUUCAAAGGCAUUAAAAAUUAUGUAAACUUGAUGGAAUAAAAACAUUGUUUUUCACGA